GAGAGAGAAAGAGAGAAAGAGAGAAGGAGAGAGAGAGAGCGCAGUGCUGUUAAAGGUUAAAGGAAGGGACCACCUUUCUCAUUAUCACAUUUACUUUUUUUCUGUUGUAAAACAACGGGCUGUCUAACCAACCAGUGCGCGUGGACUGUAAUGUUCACCCAAGGCGGGGCUGACCCUCCUGUCUUGUUUCGGACUGACCACCACUAGGACAUCACGGACACUGCUCUGCUGCUGCUGCUGCUGCUGCUGUUUUAUGACAUUAGAGAUCAGGUCAUGAAUUCAUCCGAACAGACGGUAACGUGGCUCAUAACACUGGGGGUCCUAGAGUCUCCCAAGAAAAGCAUCUCGGAUCCAGAGGCUUUCCUCCAGGCGUCUCUGCAGGAUGGAGCGGUGCUGUGCAGGCUGCUGGAGCGACUCCGACCCGGGACGGUGGACAAAUUUUUUCAGGAACCGAGGGGCGACAGCGAGUGUCAGCGGAACAUUGCCGAGUUUAUCAAAGGCUGCGGGGCUUUCGGUGUGGAGCCUUUUGAGGUCAAUGACCUCCUGCAGGGACUGAACUUCUCUAAGGUCCUAAAGUCCUUGGUUGCCCUCAACAAAGCUACUGAAGAUUUAGGGGUUUCUGAAGAAAGUGUGUGUGUGCCGCACUCCUCCCACUUGAGGAUCAAGUCAUUUGACUCUCUGAAAACUCAGAGUCAGUCCUCUAAAGUCCUGCAGCCUCAGUACCGCAGCCUGGACAUGUCAGAGGGCAGUGGGUGUGGCCACGUGCUGUUCAAGGCGCGCUUUCCUUUCCAGCAGACCAAUGAGGACGAACUCUCUUUCUCAAAGGGCGACAUCAUCAGUGUGAGCCGGCAGGAGGAUGGGGGCUGGUGGGAAGGCUCGUUCAACGGCAAUUCUGGGUGGUUCCCCAGUAACUAUGUACGGGAGCUGAAAGGAACCGAUAAGACAUCAGACAAGCCAAAGUCUGGGACACUGAAAAGCCCCCCCAAAGGUUUUGACACCACCAUCAUCAGUAAGACCUACUAUAAUGUGGUCCUGCAAAACAUCCUGGAAGCAGAGAGUGAAUAUUCAAGGGAGCUACAGAGUCUCCUGGGCUCCUACCUGCGCUCACUUCAUCCCACAGACAAACUCAGCAGUGUUGACAUCAGUCACAUUCAGGGAAAUCUGGAGGAGAUCUCAACCUUUCAGCAGCUGUUGGUUCAGUCUUUGGAGGAGCAUACAAAACUCCCAGAGAACCAGCAGAGGAUUGGGGGGUUCUUCUUGAAUCUGAUGCCCCAGAUGAAGAUCAUCUAUGUGGCCUACUGCUCCAAUCACCCGUUUGCAGUCAAUGUACUCACGCAACACAGCGAGGAACUGGGGGAGUACAUGGAGUCAAAAGGGGCAUCCGCUCCUGGGAUCCUCACUCUGACCACUAGUCUGAGUAAACCCUUUACCAGACUGGAGAGAUACCCGACGCUGCUGAAAGAACUGGACAGACAUAUGGAGGACCAACACCCUGACAAAGCUGAUCUCAUUGCUUCAAUGAUGGACUUUAAAAGCUUUGCAGCUCGGUGCCAGGAGGUGAGGAAGAAGAAGGACCUGGAGUUGCAGAUUUUAACAGAGCCAAUCAGAAACUGGGAGGGCGAUGACAUCAGAACUCUCGGCCCUGUUCUCCAAAUGUCCCAAGCCACGGUCCACACGCAGAACUGUCAGGAGUCAAACGAACGCUACCUUGUCCUUUUCCCUCACACUCUGCUCAUGCUCUCUGCCAGCCUGAGAAUGAGUGGAUUCAUCUUCCAGGGAAGGAUGCCACUGUCAGGAAUGCUCAUCUCCAGAAUAGAAGAUGGAGAAAACCUGAAGAAUGCUUUUGAAAUAUCCGGUGGCCAAUGUGAUCGGAUGCAGGUGGCAUGUAACAGUCAGCAAGAUCUACAGGACUGGCUGGACCUUCUCACCAAACACACACACACUUCAGCUGCACACACACACUCGCACAACCCUCAGUCUGUGUGUCACACAUUGCCCUCUCUACCCGCCACUCCCUCCAGACACUCAGAGUCUCGGGGAGGGAGCACUAGACACACCUACCACACCCUUCCCCAUCCCUCUUCAUAUGGGACGGCCCUCAGCAGCAGCCCGAUGUGGGGGCCCCUGGAGCCGCCAAGUACCCCUAUACCCUGGAGCCUGAGCUGCCUUCGCCCUGCGCCUCCACUCCGGCCCUCGGCUGCUCUCUGCUUCAAAGAGGAUUUGAGUAAGAGUCCUAAGAACAUGAAGAAGCUGCUCCCCAAGAGGAAGCCAGAGAGGAAACCUUCAGAAGAGGACUUUACUGUCAGAAAAAGUACAGCAGCUUUAGAGGAGGAUGCUCAGAUACUGAAAGUGAUUGAGGCCUACUGUACCAGCGCCAAGACACGGCAGACGCUCAACUCCACCUGGCAAGGAACUGACCUCAUGCACAACCAUGUACUCGCUGACUCCAGCCUCACCGUCGCUGGUUUCCCCAGCAACCUUCCUUGUUCUGACCAGUCAGAGGACUCGGAUUAUGACAGUCUUUGGACCGCCCAUAGUUACAGGACUGCCUCAGUUUCUCGCUCCAGCAGGAAGGAUGUACAGAUGUUGUUCCCAGAGGAGGAGAAGAUCAUAGUGGAGGAGACCAGGAGCAAUGGACAAACCGUAGUGGAGGAGAGGAGUCUGGUGGACACUGUGUACAGCCUGAAAGAUGAGGUUCAGGGACUCAAACAGGACAACAAGAGGAUGAAGAGGACACUGGAGGAGGAGCAGCGGGCGAGGAAAGAGCUGGAGAGGAUCGUCAGGAGAGUUCUGAAGAACAUGAACGACCCAACCUGGGAUGAGACUAACCUCUGAGAUCAAUAUAAGUGUGAUCAUCACGGACGAGACCAAUUUCUGACUAUAAAGUGACCAAAGGAACUAUGAACUGUUGUUCAGCCUGUGAGUGGACAAAAGCUGCCAAUAUUUAAUUCAACAUGUCGUUACCAUUUCUACUUGCUUUGACCAGUGUACCAAACUGUGGACCAAGAGAAAAUGUCUGCCAGCCAUGAGCAAAGCCAGCCCAGCUGACCGUAAAGCUGUGACCCACCUUAGCAUGAUGACAUCACUUCCUGUCACUCUCCUUUACUUUUUCAAACAGCCUACUUUGAAACACUGACAAACAAAUCCCUUUUCUCAUCUACUUUUGUGAUUAUCUUUCAUUCCUCUUUGUGUUUUUUUUGUUGCAGUAAGUAUGACAUUUAAAAUGUAACCAUUGCCAGCACAGUGUUUUAUUGACUGGCCUAGUGCAUGAAUAAGAAUACUACGUGGGUGCAUACCGUUCAGAUAGACUGAAACCUUUUUUACCACACUCUUGGCAGCAAUUUUUAAUUUAUUUAUUAUGUUGUUUUAUUGAUUCUAACAAACUAAAAAUUUAGGUUGGUUCAUUGAUAAUACGAAAUGCAAAGUGUAGUAGGACACUCAGUUAUUACGUUUUAAAGUAACCCUUUUACCAGCACUUACUGAAUAAGGGACAGGAUGAGAUUACAUUUCUUUGUGUGGUCUAAAGAUUACCGCAGGAACUAAUCUAGUUUUACAUUUUGCAACAGACCACCAUAUUAUUUGAAUGAUCCACUUCAUUGCUUCGUGGAAUAUGCAAAUUUCUGCCGAGAUUAUUUUGAUUAGUUUUGAAGAAUAUAAUAUGUUUUUGUAUUUGACUACAUUUUUAAACCCAGAUGGAUAAACUACAAGUGACUUGUACCAGAGACAUGGACAGAAACAGAGAAACUUGAUUCUGCUCUAGCUGUUCUUUUACUUUUGCUCACUAAAUAUUGUUUGGAGGCUCAAGCCUGAAGAUAAAUUGACUUUUGACAAUGAUCUGCUUUAAUUAGCUGAAGGCCAUAUU